AUGGGCGACAAAGAGAAAAAUGUUGAAGACAUUUUGAAGCCUGGAGAUAUUAUCAAAGAAAAAUGGAUAAUUGUGAAAAUGAUUGGAAUGGGAGGAUUCGGCCAGAUUUACGAAGCAAAGUACAUGAAAUCAGGAGAAAGUGCUGCGGUCAAAGUUGAAUCUUCUCAGUAUGACAAACAGGUUUUGAAAAUGGAAGCAGAAGUUCUUCAAAAAAUGAAGGGCAAAUCGAAAUAUAUCUGCAAAUUUUUCGGUUGCGGCAGAGAAUCAAAAUUCAAUUAUAUAAUUAUGAGUUUACUAGGCAACAACAUUUCAGCAUUACGAAAAGCAACUGACUCAGGAUACUUUUCAACAUCUACUGCCCUUCGUCUUGGAGUACAGAUGCUUCGCGCGAUUAGAAGCCUCCACGAUGUCGGCUAUCUGCAUCGCGAUGUCAAGCCGUCGAAUUUCGCGCUCGGGAUGGGCAGGCACAGCAGACGCCUUUUUAUCUACGACUUUGGCCUCGCAAGAAAAUUCGCUGAUGACAGAGGAAUGCUUCGGCCGCCGAGGGAUACUAAAUGUCCUUUUCGUGGCACACUUAGAUAUGCUUCUCUGAAUGCUCAUAACGGACAGGAGCUCGGUCGACACGACGAUCUAUGGUCUUUUUUCUACCUCAUGAUCGAAAUCACAUACGGACAGCUUCCAUGGAGAUCGCUUCGGGAAGCGGAGAGAAUCAAACAUGCGAAAAUGAGGUUCGACCACAAGCGAUUUUUCGAGUUAGAAAGAGUCCCAAAAGAACUGAAGCCGUUUCGGGAGUAUUUGGAAUCCCUUGAUUACUACACCAAGCCAAAUUAUGAUUACUUGAUCGGGCGACUAGAAUUUGGCAUGAGGGAAAGGAAGAUCGACAAAUCAGAACCCCUCGACUGGGAAAGACUCUGA